AUGGAGUCAGUUAACCCCGCCAAGCGCUUUCGUCAGCUAACCAAAAACAUCAACGUUUGGACCAAUCUCUUGGGCGUUGAUGUGCUCGCACCCAAAGUGACAUUCAACUAUCGCACCUGGACCACAAUCUUUGCCAUUAUCAACUACACGGGCUUCACCAUUUUCUCGAUGGUGGACAAUGGCGGCGAUUGGCGUGUGAGCCUCAAAGCCAGUCUCAUGUUUGGUGGCCUGUUCCAUGGUCUGGGCAAGUUCUUAACCUGCCUGCUGAAGCAGCGCACGAUGCGGCGACUCACCUUCUUUGCGUGCAACAUUUACGAGGAGUAUGAGAAAAAGUCGGCUACUAAUUACCGCACACUGGACCUCAACAUCGAUCGACUGCUGGGAUUAAUGCGCGGCAUACGAAACGGAUAUAUGGCCACGUUCCUGCUCAUGACUGUCCUGCCGCUGGCAAUGCUCCUGUACGAUGGCACGCGGGUCACUGUGAUGCAGUACCAGAUCCCAGGAAUGCCGCUGGAGAGCAACCUGUGCUACUCGAUCACCUAUCUCAUUCAUCUGGUGACAAUGGGUGUCGCUGGCUGUGGCUUCUAUGCGGGCGAUUUGUUUGUUCUGCUUGGACUCACACAGAUAUUGACUUUUGCGGAUAUUUUACAGCUCAAGGUGGAUGAACUUAACGCUGCUUUGGAUCGGAAAACCGCCUCAAGGGCUUUGGUUAGCGUGGGUGCGGACAUAGAAGGCGAGGAGCAGCGACUGAAGCUGCUCUUGGAUGUGAUCAAGUGGCAUCAGCUGUUUACGGACUACUGCCGCACUGUCAACGAACUCUACCACGAUCUAAUCGCCACUCAGGUGCUGUCCAUGGCCGUGGCUGUGAUGCUCAGCUUUUGCAUUAUUCUCACCACUUUUCACAUGCCAUCGGCCAUCUACUUUCUGGUCUCUGCCUACAGCAUGUCUGUCUAUUGUGUGCUGGGCACCAAACUAGAAUUUGCAUAUGAUCAGGUCUAUGAGACCAUUUGUGGCGUGGCCUGGCAGGAACUUAGCUGUGACCAACGCAAACUGCUUAACCCACUGCUGCGCGAGGCACAGAAUCCGCAGUGCAUUAAACUGCUUGGCAUACUGCCGCUGUCCGUGCGAACUGCUUUGCAGAUAAUAAAACUCAUUUACAGCUUCUCUAUGAUGAUGAUGCAGAAUCGCACUUAGAACCCGAACGCUGG